UAAGAAGUCUCCAAUGGAGAACAAUCUAACUCUUCCAAUGUGGCAUAGACCUAAUUUGGGGAUCCUUCUUAUAUUUCGGGUAAAAUCACACCCUCAUGUAAAAAUACCGACAUCACUAUCAUUAUUACAACAGUACUUUUCUUUCAUUAUUAUAGUUUAGAAAAAAAUAACUCGUUUAUUUAUAUAAUAUCUUUAUUAGGAAAAAAGUUGUUUCCGACCAGCAAAAUUUCUCUCUUCUUCUUUAUAAUCAUCAGAUCGUUCCUUCACUUGGUUUUCAGGGCUCGAAAUCUCUCUCAAACCCUCUCAAAAUUCUAAAACAAAAUCUCAUUUCUCAAAUUUAACAUUUUCGAGAGAGACCCUUUAGAUCAAGAACAGUGGAGUAAGAUCCACACAGAUAAAACCACCGAAUUGUUAUAUCAAAUAGACGAAAAUGCCCCUGUCGGCGACGGCGGAUACAAGCAAGACGGUGAAGCUGGAGAGGUACAAUAGCUACCUCCGGAAGAUUCACAGCACCAAAGUUCUCAACGCUUCUUCUAAAGUUCUUUUCCGAGCAACGCUCCUCGUAGCUCUUGUCCUCGUCCUCCUCUUCGCUAUCAACUACCCUCCACUCUCCGACAGCCGCGCCGCCGCGGCACACCACCUCCACCGUCGUAGCUUCUUAUCCACCGGACUCUUCUCCUCCUCUUCCUCUUCCUCCUCCUCUAUCGGUGGAGCCGCGUGGGAAAAGCGCGUCAGACAAUCCUCAACAGCCAAACGACCACACGGUCUCUCCGUCCUAGUCACCGGAGCUGCCGGCUUCGUUGGAUCCCACUGCUCACUUGCGCUACGAAAACGUGGCGAUGGAGUCUUAGGAUUCGACAACUUCAAUGAUUACUACGACCCAUCACUCAAAAGAGCAAGACAAGAGCUCUUAGAGAAGCAACAAGUGUUCAUCGUCGAAGGUGAUCUUAACGAUGGACCACUCUUACGUAAACUCUUCGAUGUUGUCCCUUUCACUCAUAUCCUUCACUUAGCCGCUCAAGCCGGAGUACGCUACGCUAUGAAAAACCCUCAGUCCUACAUCGCAUCCAACAUCGCCGGAUUCGUUAACCUCCUUGAAGUGGCUAAAGCAGCUAAUCCUCAGCCUGCGAUUGUUUGGGCUUCCUCUAGCUCUGUUUACGGUCUCAACACUGAGAAUCCAUUCUCUGAAGAACACAGAACAGACCAACCAGCGAGUCUCUACGCAGCAACCAAGAAAGCUGGUGAAGAGAUCGCACAUACUUACAACCACAUCUACGGUCUCUCUUUAACCGGACUCCGGUUUUUCACGGUUUACGGUCCUUGGGGAAGACCAGACAUGGCUUACUUCUUCUUCACUAAAGACAUCCUCCACGGUAAAUCAAUCGACAUUUACAGAACUCAGGACAAUCAAGAAGUGGCGCGUGACUUCACAUACAUCGACGACAUCGUUAAAGGUUGUGUCGGUGCGUUAGACACGGCGGAGAAAAGUACCGGAAGCGGUGGAAAGAAGCGAGGACAAGCUCAACUACGUGUUUACAAUCUUGGAAACACGUCUCCGGUUCCGGUUGGGAGAUUGGUCUCAAUCUUGGAAGGAUUGUUAGGGACAAAAGCAAAGAAACAUCUUAUCAAAAUGCCAAGAAACGGUGACGUGCCUUACACGCAUGCUAAUGUGAGUUUAGCGUAUAAAGAUUUCGGGUACAAACCCACGACGGAUCUCGCGGCGGGGCUGAGGAAGUUCGUCAAGUGGUACGUUGGUUAUUAUGGGAUUCAGCCGAGGGUAAAAAAGGAAAACUCUCACGCCGAAGAUUCCGCUUAAUAAUUUUCUAUACCAUCUCUCUCAUCAUCACAUGCUUGUUUAUUUUUCUUACAAAAAAAAACUAAAAUCAUUUACAGGGACAGAUUUUUUCCGUAUUUAAAAAUUGCUCCCUCAAAAAAAAAAAAAUCAUAAAUGUUUUUGUGGUGGUCCUUUUUUUAGGGGGAUCAAAGUGUGGGAAUUAAAUUGUUACAGCUGUAUGUUAUAAUAGAAAGAUAAAGAAGAAAGGGGUAGAAUUGAAAAUAUAUGUGGGAUUGUUAUGUAAUAAAUGAAAUAGGUUAUGAUCUUGCUGGAAAGUGUUUAGAGCAGAUCUUAGCCGUUGGAUUUUUAUAAUCAAGGAAUGAAACCUGUGAUCCAUUAUUACCAACUGUAACAUAAAUUUUAUUCUCCUUUUUAUCUUA